GUCCAUCCCAAAUCAGGGUGGGUCAAGGGCUCCUUCCAUGCCGAAGACAAUGACAACUCUGGUUCUGCGCAUCGGAAAUGCACAACUUCAUUUAUAAUUAAACAACCAACAACCACCAUGGUCAGCGCCGAAAAAGAUAAAAAUGAAAUCAAGGUGAUGGUGGUGGGCGAUUCGAUUUCGCACGGAAGAGAGGGCGAUUGGACUUGGAGAUAUCGCAUUUGGGAGUGGUUCAGCCAAGAAGCCAUCAACGUGCGCUUUGUGGGACCUUACAAAGGCACAGUCCCUCCGGAGGAACCACAUCCACCACGCCCACCCAGGUUGGAAGAUGAGCCUCUUCAGUUGCCAGCACCUCUCCGAACUGAUGGAGGUUACGCUGCUGGAGUCCAUCGGGACUUCCUCUCCAACUGCCACCACUUUGCCGCCAGCGGGCAACAGGCGUUCGUGGCCAAGGACCUCGUGGCCGAGCAAGUGGCCGCCUACCAACCAGAUAUUUGCUUGGUCCAGCUGGGGUUCAAUGAUCUCGGCUGGCGGAUGUGUGGGCCCGGCCCGACUCUCGCCAGCAUUGGAGAUCUUAUCGAAGAGGCAAGGUCUGCGAAGCCAGAUCUGAAGUUUGCUGUUGCCAAUGUACCACAGAGGACGGACAUACCUGGCCGUGAAGACCUACCGAGAGAUACGGAUCUGUAUAACCACAUGCUUGUGCAGGAGAUUACUCACUGGAACACACCCAAAUCGCCCGUCGCCCUUGUAUGCUUCUGCGAAAACUACUCGUGCGGCGGCACCAACUCGGACGCUGCCUAUGACGGCCUUCACCCCAACGCCCUCGGCGAAUAUCAGCUCGCCCAAGCCUUCUCGCGGACUUUGGUGUCCGAUUUCUCUCUCGGCCGCAGCCCGCUCGCGAUCCCGGAAUCCGUGCCUUCUCGACCCCUCCCUACCCCGGCUCGGUUCGGGGCCGCCUCAACCCCCGCCGGCAUCAUCGUGAACUGGAAUACUGUUUACGGCGCACUUGGCUAUGAUCUUCAACACAGGCUUGCCGGUGACAGCGAGUGGGCCACCACACACAUAGACUGUAACCGAUAUUACUGGUCGGCUUUGAGGGACGGCCAGCUGGUGGAAUGCCGAGUCCGCACCAGCGGGGGGGACAACCUCAAGUCUCCUUGGAGCUAUGUUGCCGCAGCAGUUGCCAAACCGGAGACGCCACCGCCGCCUCACAACAUGGUGACACGCGCGACUGCAACUGGCUUCACAAUCACCUGGGACCCCCCUCCACCGACUUCGUAUACCGGGGAGAUUGACCGCUAUGGUCUCAUCUACUUCGACUGCGAUCAACCCGGCGUUUUCCCCGAAGUUAUGGGUGUCAGGGGAGAUAGCGCCGAGUUGAAAGACCUCAGGCCGGGCCACCGUUAUGCCAUAGCCAUGGGGUCGUGGUCCACUGUGGGCCAAGGGCUUCCCGCCGGUGCACCCUCCGUGGUUGUGGGCGGAGAGAUCCCCCAUACUCCGAAAUGUGUGCGCGUCAAGGCCUUUGACUGCCACAACGUCGAACUUAGUUGGCAGCCGGUUAGUGGUGCGACGGGUUACGGUAUUUGGCUUCGAUGCUGUGGGCCGGACGGGCCUGAGGAUCCCAUAUUGCAUUCACGGAUGAACGCUACCAUCAGGGAUGCCGCCCCCUCCGAACCUCAACGCGAGACGUGCGAGAUUUGGGUCCUGGACCCGCCCUGGCACUGUCGAUUUGCCGUUAGCGCUCUCAACCACAACGUCUCGUCUCGUCGCUCCAAAUGGCUGACCCCAUCACGUCCGAGCGGUGAGGAGUUUACAAUGCCCGAGAACGCGACAAUUCACAUUCACCUUGGUCAAAAAUGAUGACCCUUUUGCCUGGA